CUUAUAAAUGAAUAUUUUACCGAAAAAAAGGUGGCAUGUGCGUACCAAAGAUAAUAUUGCACGUGUGCGGCGCGAUGAAGCAGCUGCAGCGGAAGAAGAGCGAAAACGCCAGGACAAAUUGGAUCUAGCCGAAAGUGAAGCACGUAUAAACUUCCUUCGAAGGCAGUCAGGAUUGCCGGAACGAAAAACUGAUGCAGCCACUACUUCAGCCCAAUCCAUAAGCAGCUCAAAUCGAGAUGCUCUUGGAGUGGAUCUCUUUGCCGACUAUAAGACACACAUAAAGACUACAAAUAAGGACCUGGAAAAGGAGCAAAAGGAGGAACAGGAAAAAUAUGAGAAACAAAUCGGUUAUCUCACCUACUUGGGCCAAGACACUAAUGAAGCUCUGAAAGUACGUAGUUGGUAUGAGGUAGCACCCAAACGUCGACGUCCUGACGAUGAAGGCGAUGCAAAGCAUACAGAGAGGCAGAUUAAACAAAAACUAUCCUUGGAUCCCCUCACAUUAAUAAAUGCACUGAUACCGCCGGAAAAGAAAACUGCGCCUCCCGCAAAGAAAGUUAAGGCGCGUACACCUUCACCAGUGCCUGAUGCUAAACCUUCCAAAUCAAAAAAACCCAAAAAAGAUAAAAAGAAAAGCAAGAAACACAGAAAAGAGAAAUCAUCACGUGGAAAAGAUUUAAGGGACACUGCUAAGCAACACAAACGGGAAAAGCUUGAAAGACUUCGUAAGGAACGUUUGCGACGUGAGGCUGCUGAGCGUUUACGUGCGGAGGCUUUAUUUGCUCCUUCUGUCUCGGUGUCGGGAUCAUCAGCUACUGCCGCUAGUACACCAGCAGUAACGCCAAGGAUUGUCCAAAAAUACAACAGUCAAUUCAAUCCCGAAAUCGCAAAACAAAAUAUGGUUUAAACAUUUAAAAUAUAUAUAUUCGAAGAGGAUACUAUAAAGUUUCAGACUUUAUAACGUUAAGAAGGGUUGA